CACCAAACCUGGAAAGUAGCAGAUGUACAACCUGGAAAGCAAUCGCCCGAUUAAACUUGAUAUUUUUCACUUUAAUGCGAUACUAAGAAAAACAGGUCUUCCGUUAUUCCCUGACUAUCUCCCCGUGUGAUUAUUUGAGCCCAUACACCUGUGUAUUCAGCUUCCAUACAUCUAGCAUAAUCCUUCUUCCUCCCACGAUGACUUCCUACAAGAGCACCCCGCUAUAUGGAGGGGCUCUUAUCUGCGACCUUCCAGCUAGCUUCGCCGACGUGAGUGCUAUAAGACAAGUCCCCGACAACGAAGAAGUAUAUAUCGACAAGGAUGGCUUCACGAGCAUCAUCUUCGACAUAGCUGAGCGCGUCGGCGGUCCGGGUUCUAGCCCCGAGAUAGACGGGAAUGCCUUGACGACUCAUUUAGAGGAUCUGGUGGGGGAUGAUCUCGACCGCGUCAAGGUCUGGAACACCACACCUACCUUAUUCUCACGACUAGACGAGGAUAUUCCUGCCUACACGCUGAUCGCGACCGUUUCCCCGCACAAGUCAGACUCGGCCAGCGACGAGCGAUCCGGUACCAAGACCGACUUCACUGCCAUCAUCCUAACCCUGGUGCGACUCGAGCGCGAGAAGACCGACUUACUCAUCACCAUCAACGUGCCGCAUAUCAAGGGCGAAUACGACGAGGAGGACGUCGAUCUCCAGCUCGGCAAGCAGGGCAAGCUUAUCGGGGAUGCCGUCGACUACGCCGCUAAGAUCUGGGAGACUUUCAAGGUUAAGGACUGGGGUCUAUUCAACGAGGUCUGAGGGUAGAUCCAAAUAUGAGAUGAUAUAAUAUGGGUUGGGUGAUAUAUGAGGAAAUUGGGAUCGGGGUUCGAAUAAUGGAAUGGAGAGGGCGUGGAAAGAAAAUUACAAUCUGACAAGAUCCCGCGGCGGACUUUUGAGAGCUACGUCUCCUUUGUGUUUCUGUUGAGCGCUCUCCUUUUUGAGGCCUUGUGCUAGGAAUGAAUUAUGAAUCACUUCGGUGGCCUCUGUCCUUACUUAGACGUGGGAGGAAUUAUGACUACGACUAGGGUCAGCAUCAAUUUGCAGCUGUG